AUGGCGGCUCUCUUUUCCGGCGCUCCUCCGCAAGGCGGCCCAGGCUACUCGUUCAAGCAGACCCCCACAGCAGCUCCGUCGGGCGAGCGACAGCACGGCUUCUACCCCUACACCGACAAUGGUGGAUCAACACUUGGUAUUUCGGGCGCCGACUUUACUAUCCUCGCAGGCGACACUCGCUCAACUUCCGGCUACAAUAUCAACACCCGGUACGCACCCAAGCUCUUCAAGAUCGGCGGCGAGGGACCAGAGAACAAGGGUGCGCGGAUAGUACUUUCCGUUGUGGGCUUCGCAGCAGACGGCGAUGCGCUGAAGGAGCGCCUCGACACCAUCGUCAAGAUGUACAAGUACCAGCAUGGCAAGCCUAUGUCCGUUUCCGCCUGUGCCCAGCGACUCAGCCACAUCCUCUACAAUAAGCGAUUUUUCCCAUACUACGUGCACGCGAUUCUGGGCGGUCUUGAUGAGGAUGGCAAGGGCGCGCUGUACUCAUACGACCCGGUGGGCAGCUACGAGAGGGAGCAGUGCAGGGCUGCUGGUGCAGCGGCUUCGCUCAUCAUGCCAUUCUUGGAUAACCAGGUCAACUUCAAAAACCAGUACAUGCCGGGAAGUGGAACUGGUCACGACCUUAAGGCGAAGGCCGCUGAGCCGCUGCCGCAGGAUCACGUCGAGGAUUUGGUGAGGGAUGCGUUCACUAGUGCGGUGGAGAGGCAUAUUGAGGUCGGUGAUGGUCUCCAGAUGAUGAUCAUUACGGCAGACGGUGUACACGAGUCGUACACGACGCUGAAGCAGGAUUAG